AUGCUCCACUCUUUGCACGCGAACACAAAGUUAGUUAAGGAGACCAACAGCAGCGGCCAAGUCAAGGAGACUACACGAGAAAACACGGAUCCAGAUCAUGGACGCCAACUGCCGGACCGACCUUGCCGCCGGCGUUGACCCACCCCCCAUAGCUACCGGAGGCGAUUGGCGAACCCAGCUCCAGCCCAGAGGGCGCAGCAGGAUCGUCAAUAUUAUAAUGGAAGCUAUGAAGAAUUUUCUGCGAGUAUCUAAGCCAGAGGAGCUGAACCAACUUCGAGAAAUCGCUGCGGGAUUUGAAAACCGGGCCUAUACUGCGGCAACCAAUCUGUCUAAUUAUUUGCGGAAGAUUUCUCUGAGAAUGCUCUCUAUGGAGAUGAAGACACAACAGGCCCCUAGAAAUUCUCGAGUGGUUCCAGAUCAAACCAACUCCCGGAAGGAAUUGCCGAUCUGGACCAUUUACGGGCCCAUCGGGUGGGACCCCACCGCAGGGACGCCCCCAACCGGAGGUGUUUGGCGUGCCAAGCUUCAGCUCAAGGAUCGCAGCAGGAUCGUUGAUAUGAUAAUAGAGACUCUGAAGACACGUCUGACAUUACCUGCGCCAGAGGAUCUGAAUCAACUUCGAGAAAUUGUUGUGCGAUACGAAAAGAGGAUCUAUAUUGAAGCAACAAAUCAGUCUGAUUAUUUACCGAAGAUUUCUCUGAAAAUGCUCUCUAUGGAGAAGAAGAAGACACAACAGGUUCCUAGGAAUGCUCAUCGAAUUUCAGAUCAAAACAACUCCCGUAAGCCACAUACGCAGGCCUCUCAAAAGCGUGCUCGUCUGAACUACUGAUUACUCUUGAUCGUUGUCACAAGUGGACUGGAACAAACGCCAUGUUGAAGAAUAAUCAAGGAUCUGCGAUUGACUUCUACUUGACCUGCUACUUGGCGUUUGAUAAUAAUAAAAACUCCAAUAGAACUUUAAAAUAACUAUUCGUCUUGGACUCCGAGUGUCACUUUAUCAGUAUUGCUUAUUGUUGUUGUAUUGGCGUGGGUUAUGACUUUAAAUGUGCCACUCUCAGUGUUAUGCAGUCUGAUAAAAAUUGUAUUGAUAUGGUUUACAUAGUAGAAAUAAAACCAUUUAUAUUGUUUGCGUAGUACA